AUGAGCUCUGGGGACGUCGUUUGCACCGGAUGGCUCAUUAAAUCGCCCCCCGAGAAGAAACUCAAGAGAUACGCAUGGCGGAAGCGCUGGUUCGUGCUGCGCAGAGGCCGCAUGAGCGGGAACCCGGAUGUGCUGGAGUACUACAGGAACAACCACUCCAAAAAGCCCAUUCGGAUCAUCGACCUCAACGAGUGCGAAGUGCUGAAGCACUCGGGGCCCAACUUCAUCAAGAAGGAAUUUCAGAACAACUUUGUCUUCAUUGUGCGGACCACCUACCGCACGUUCUACCUGGUGGCCAAAACUGAGGAGGAGAUGCAGAUCUGGGUGCACAACAUCAGCCAGAUCUGUAACUUUGGACAUCUAGACGAUGGCACAGGUUCAGUGGAGAGCCUGUCUCACACCACCUCGUCCCCACAGCCGUCGCCAGCCGCCUCCACCCACGCCUCCCGCAUCGCAGAUCCCUCCUUCUCCGUCAACCACGCUGCUGCUGAUGCAUCUGCUGCAGAGGAGACCCCCAGCGAGUCAGAGUCAGUCUUCCUCCCUGACUACCUCUUCCUUUCCAACUGCGAGUCGGGCAAGCUCAGCCACAACAGGUAGGUCUGGGGUCUGCCAUUUGUGUGUGACAGCUGGUCAAAUUCGGACAGAUCUCUGGAGCAAACCUCAUCAGAUGAUGUUUUUGUCGACUCCUUGCAGUCCCAGCCCUCCUUGUACCUUGUACAGCCAUCCAGCACUGGCACUGUGCACCAGGACGGGGCUCCACUGGCAAAUCCCAGCACCGUGUCCAGGAACAUAGACAUUAGUGGGUCACCCAGUGACUUUUCCUCCUCUUCUCCGCUGCUGGGGACGCCGCUGACACCAACCUUUCAGAUUGACAAGAGCCAAAACGCGCUGCCCUAUGGUGUAACCCAGCUGGACGUCCUAUCCAACACCCCCCCGCCGCGGCCACCCAAGCCAACCCACUUCUCAGACAGAAGAGGGGAUGAGGUGGGCGGUGGGGCCCUCCAGAACGGGCACGCAGGGAUCUGCCGGGCUCAGGUCGCUCUGGUGCCCAGGAGGAUCUCCUUGUCCAGCUUAGAUAACGUGAGGAACUGGAAAGCAGACAUGGAAGGCAGUUCCUUAAGAAGUCGGGAUAAGAGGCUUAGCUUGAAUUUGCCCUGUCGGUUCUCCCCGCUCUACUCAACUGCUUCGGACAGCACGGAGGACAGCUACGUGCCCAUGCGCCCCAGCACCUCUCCCUCUGCGCCCGGCUCCGACUGUUCACCCGACGGCUACAUCCCCAUGAGCCCCGGCUCGGCCACGUUUACCUUCCCUGUCGUCAGCACUGAAAAACUCACCAGCCCGUUACCUGAGCUUCCCUCGGACCUGGAGCCCCCUCCGGUGAACCGAGACCUCAAGCCUCGUAGGAAAUCACGGCCACCUCCUCUGGACUUGAGGAACCUCUCCACAAUCCGGGAGCAUGCUGCCGUGACCAGGAUGUGGACUGUGCCUUACAAUCGAAUGAGCUUUAUCUCACCAGAAAGAGACGGUAUUAAUUCAGCAAGAAUAUUUGCCAAUUCAGUUUCCGGAGAAGAGGAAGAAAGUUACAUUCAUAUGGAACACAGACAGGCAACAUCUCCCUACAGUGGUGCUUUUCCAUGGACAAGGAAAUCUAACCUUGAUUACUUAGCAUUGGAUUUUAACUCUGCUUCCCCAUCCCCUGUACAGAAGAAACCUUUUCUCUCUGAGGAGCAGAGAGUGGACUAUGUCCAGGUAGAUGAACAGAAGACUCAAGCUUUACAGAACACUAAGCAGGAAUGGACAGAUGAGAGGCAAUCGAAAGUCUAA